GGAGCAGAAAGAGCGGGGCGCGGAGUGCGGGCGGCUGGGAGCGCGCUGAGCGGGGGAGAGGCGCUGCCGCACGGCCGGCCACAGGACCACCUCCCCGGAGAAUAGGGCCUCUUUAUGGCAUGUGGCUGGUAACUUUCCUCCUGCUCCUGGACUCUUUACACAAAGCUCGCCCUGAAGAUGUUGGCACCAGCCUCUACUUUGUAAAUGACUCCUUGCAGCAGGUGACCUUUUCCAGCUCCGUGGGGGUGGUAGUGCCCUGCCCGGCUGCGGGCUCCCCCAGCGCGGCCCUUCGAUGGUACCUGGCCACGGGGGACGACAUCUACGACGUGCCGCACAUCCGGCAUGUCCACGCCAACGGGACGCUGCAGCUCUACCCCUUCUCCCCCUCCGCCUUCAAUAGCUUUAUCCACGACAAUGACUACUUCUGCACCGCGGAGAAUGCGGCCGGCAAGAUCCGGAGCCCCAACAUCCGCGUCAAAGCAGUUUUCAGGGAACCCUACACCGUUCGGGUGGAGGAUCAAAGGUCAAUGCGUGGCAACGUGGCCGUCUUCAAGUGCCUCAUCCCCUCUUCAGUGCAGGAAUAUGUUAGCGUUGUGUCCUGGGAGAAGGACACGGUCUCCAUCAUCCCAGAAAACAGGUUUUUUAUUACUCACCACGGCGGGCUGUACAUCUCUGACGUGCAGAAGGAGGACGCCCUCUCUACCUACCGCUGCAUCACCAAGCACAAGUAUAGUGGGGAGACCCGGCAGAGCAAUGGGGCCCGCCUCUCCGUGACAGACCCUGCCGAGUCGAUCCCCACCAUCCUGGACGGCUUCCACUCCCAGGAAGUGUGGGCGGGCCACACCGUGGAGCUGCCCUGCACGGCCUCUGGCUACCCCGUGCCUGCCAUCCGCUGGCUCAAGGACGGCCGGCCCCUCCCGGCUGACAGCCGCUGGACCAAGCGCAUCACGGGGCUCACCAUCAGUGGCCUGCGGACGGAGGACAGCGGCACCUAUAUUUGUGAGGUCACCAACACCUUCGGCUCUGCAGAGGCUACGGGCACCCUCACGGUCAUCGACCCCCUUCACGUGACCCUGACACCAAAGAAGCUGAAGACUGGGAUCGGCAGCACGGUCAUCCUCUCCUGUGCCCUGCUGGGUUCCCCGGAAUUCACCAUCCGCUGGUACCGCAACACUGAGCUGGUGCUGCCCGACGAGGCCGUCUCCAUCCGCGGGCUCAGCAACGAGACUCUGCUCAUCACCUCGGCCCAGAAGAGCCACUCCGGGGCUUACCAGUGCUUUGCCACCCGCAAGGCCCAGACCGCGCAAGACUUCGCCAUCAUUGUGCUGGAGGACGGCACGCCCCGCAUCGUCUCGUCCUUCAGCGAGAAGGUGGUCAACCCUGGGGAGCAGUUCUCGCUGAUGUGCGCGGCCAAGGGCGCCCCGCCCCCCACCGUCACCUGGGCCCUGGACGACGAGCCCAUCGUGCGGGACGGGAGCCACCGCACCAACCAGUACACCAUGUCGGACGGCACCACCGUCAGCCACAUGAACGUCACGGGCCCCCAGAUCCGUGACGGCGGCGUGUACCGGUGCGCGGCGCGGAACUCGGUGGGCAGUGCUGAAUACCAGGCGCGAAUAAACGUAAGAGGCCCCCCCAGCAUCCGGGCGAUGAGGAACAUCACGGCCGUCGCCGGGCGGGACACCCUCGUCAACUGCAGGGUCAUCGGCUACCCCUACUACUCCAUCAAAUGGUACAAGGACGCCCUGCUGCUGCCCGACAACCACCGCCAGGUGGUGUUCGAGAACGGGACGCUGAAGCUGACUGACGUGCAGAAGGGCAUGGACGAGGGGGAGUACCUGUGCAGCGUCCUCAUCCAACCCCAGCUGUCCAUCAGCCAGAGUGUCCACGUGGCUGUCAAAGUGCCCCCUCUAAUCCAGCCCUUUGAGUUCCCACCUGCCUCCAUCGGCCAGCUGCUCUAUAUCCCCUGCGUGGUGUCCUCGGGGGACAUGCCCAUCCGCAUCACCUGGAGGAAGGACGGACAAGUGAUCAUCUCAGGCUCGGGCGUGACCAUCGAGAGCAAGGAAUUCAUGAGCUCCCUGCAGAUCUCCAGCGUCUCCCUCAAGCACAACGGCAACUACACGUGCAUCGCCAGCAACGCGGCGGCCACCGUGAGCCGGGAGCGCCAGCUCAUCGUGCGUGUGCCCCCGCGAUUUGUGGUCCAGCCCAACAACCAGGACGGCAUCUACGGCAAAGCUGGCGUGCUCAACUGCUCAGUGGAUGGCUACCCCCCGCCCAAGGUCAUGUGGAAGCAUGCCAAGGGGAGUGGGAGCCCACAGCAGUACCACCCGGUCCCCCUCACCGGCCGCACCCAGAUCCUGGCCAACAGCUCACUGCUGAUCCGCCACGUCCUAGAAGAGGACAUGGGCUACUACCUCUGCCAGGCCAGCAACGGCGUGGGCACCGACAUCAGCAAGUCCAUGUUCCUCACCGUCAAGAUCCCAGCCAUGAUCACCUCCCACCCCAACACCACCAUCGCCAUCAAGGGUCACCCGAAGGAGCUCAACUGCACGGCGCGGGGUGAGCGGCCCAUCAUCAUCCGCUGGGAGAAGGGGGACACGGUCAUCGACCCCGACCGAGUCAUGCGGUACGCCAUCGCCACCAAGGACAACGGCGACGAGGUUGUCUCCACGCUGAAGCUCAAGCCAGCUGACCGUGGGGACUCUGUGUUCUUCAGCUGCCAUGCCAUCAACUCAUAUGGGGAGGACCGGGGCUUGAUCCAACUCACUGUGCAAGAACCCCCUGACCCACCUGAGCUGGAGAUCCGAGAGGUAAAGGCUCGGAGCAUGAACCUGCGCUGGACCCAGCGGUUUGAUGGGAACAGCAUCAUCACGGGCUUUGACAUCGAAUACAAGAACAAAUCAGAUUCCUGGGACUUCAAGCAAUCCACACGCAACAUCUCCCCCACCAUCAACCAGGCCAACAUCGUGGACUUGCACCCAGCAUCCGUGUACAGCAUCCGCAUGUACUCCUUCAACAAGAUUGGCCGUAGUGAGCCAAGCAAAGAGCUCACCAUCAGCACCGAGGAGGCUGCUCCCGAUGGGCCCCCCAUGGAUGUCACCUUGCAGCCAGUAACCUCACAGAGCAUCCAAGUGACCUGGAAGGCGCCCAAGAAGGAGCUGCAGAAUGGCGUCAUACGGGGCUACCAGAUCGGCUACAGGGAGAACAGCCCUGGCAGCAGUGGGCAGUACAGCAUCGUGGAGAUGAAGGCCACUGGGGACAGCGAGGUGUACACCCUGGACAACCUCAAGAAGUUCGCCCAAUAUGGGGUGGUGGUCCAGGCCUUCAAUCGGGCUGGCACGGGGCCCUCAUCCAGCGAGAUCAAUGCCACCACGCUGGAGGACGUGCCCAGCCAGCCCCCCGAGAACGUCCGGGCCCUGUCCAUCACCUCCGAUGUGGCCGUCAUCUCCUGGUCGGAGCCCCCACGCAGCACUCUCAAUGGCGUCCUCAAAGGCUACCGGGUCAUCUUCUGGUCACUCUACGUGGAUGGGGAGUGGGGCGAGAUGCAGAACAUCACCACCACGCGGGAGCGGGUAGAGCUUCGUGGUAUGGAGAAGUUCACCAACUACAGCGUGCAGGUGCUGGCCUACACCCAGGCCGGGGACGGUGUGCGCAGCGGCGUGCUCUGCAUCCAGACCAAGGAGGACGUUCCAGGUCCCCCCGCUGGCAUCAAAGCUGUCCCUUCAUCUGCCAGCAGUGUGGUCGUGUCUUGGCUCCCCCCAACCAAGCCCAAUGGGGUGAUCCGCAAGUACACCAUCUUCUGCUCCAGCCCUGGGUCUGGCCAGCCGGCUCCCAGCGAGUAUGAGACGAGCCCAGAGCAGCUCUUCUACCGGAUAGCCCACCUGAACCGUGGGCAGCAGUACCUGCUGUGGGUGGCUGCCGUCACCUCUGCUGGCCGGGGCAACAGCAGCGAGAAGGUCACCAUUGAGCCUGCAGGCAAGGCCCCAGCAAAGAUCAUCUCAUUUGGAGGCACCGUGACAACCCCCUGGAUGAAGGAUGUCCGACUACCUUGCAAUUCGGUGGGAGAUCCAGCCCCCGCUGUGAAAUGGACCAAGGACAGUGAGGACUCAGCCAUCCCCGUGUCCAUGGACGGGCACCGGCUCAUCCAUACCAACGGCACACUGCUACUGCGUGCUGUGAAGGCCGAGGACUCAGGCUACUACACCUGCACGGCCACCAACACUGGGGGCUUUGACACCAUCAUCGUCAACCUUCUGGUGCAAGUUCCCCCGGACCAGCCUCGCCUCACUGUCUCUAGAACCUCUGCUUCGUCCAUCACCCUGACCUGGAUCCCAGGUGACAAUGGGGGCAGCUCCAUCCGAGGCUUCGUGCUGCAGUACUCAGUAGACAACAGUGAGGAGUGGAAGGACGUGUUCAUCAGCUCAGGUGAGCGGUCCUUCAAGCUGGACAGCCUCAAGUGUGGCACGUGGUACAAAGUGAAGCUGGCGGCCAAGAACAGCGUGGGCUCCGGGCGCAUCAGCGAGAUCAUCGAGGCCAAGACCCACGGGCGGGAGCCCUCCUUCAGCAAAGACCAGCACCUGUUCACCCACAUCAACUCCACACAUGCUCGGCUUAACCUGCAGGGCUGGAACAACGGGGGCUGCCCGAUCACAGCCAUCGUGCUGGAGUACCGGCCCAAGGGCACCUGGGCCUGGCAAGGGCUGCGGGCCAACAGCUCCGGGGAGGUGUUUCUGACCGAGCUGCGUGAGGCCACGUGGUACGAGCUGCGCAUGCGGGCUUGCAACAGCGCUGGCUGCGGCAACGAGACUGCCCAGUUCGCCACCCUGGACUAUGACGGCAGUACCAUCCCUCCCAUCAAGUCUGCUCAAGGGGAGGGGGAUGAUGUGAAGAAGCUGUUCACCAUCGGCUGCCCAGUCAUCCUGGCCACUCUGGGGGUAGCUCUGCUCUUCAUCGUUCGCAAGAAGAGGAAGGAGAAGCGGCUGAAGCGUCUCCGAGAUGCAAAGAGUCUGGCAGAAAUGUUGAUAAGCAAGAACAACCGAAGUUUUGACACCCCUGUGAAGGGGCCACCCCAGGGCCCAAGGCUACACAUUGACAUCCCCAGAGUCCAGCUGCUCAUUGAGGACAAGGAGGGCAUCAAGCAGCUGGGAGAUGACAAAGCCACCAUCCCCGUAACGGACGCUGAGUUCAGCCAAGCUGUCAACCCACAGAGUUUCUGCACGGGUGUCUCCUUGCACCACCCAGCCCUCAUCCAGAGCACGGGACCCCUCAUCGACAUGUCCGACAUCCGGCCAGGCACAAAUCCAGUGUCCAGGAAGAAUGUGAAGUCAGCCCACAGCACCCGCAAUCGGUACUCAAGCCAGUGGACUCUGACCAAGUGCCAGGCCUCCACGCCUGCCCGCACCCUCACCUCUGACUGGCGCACCGUGGGGUCCCAGCAUGGGGUCACUGUCACGGAGAGUGACAGCUACAGUGCCAGCCUCUCCCAGGACACAGACAAAGGACGGAACAGCAUGGUGUCCACGGAGAGCGCCUCGUCCACCUACGAGGAGCUGGCCCGGGCCUACGAGCACGCCAAGCUGGAGGAGCAGCUACAGCAUGCCAAGUUCGAGAUCACCGAGUGCUUCAUCUCCGACAGCUCCUCAGACCAGAUGACCACGGGCACCAACGAGAACGCCGACAGCAUGACGUCCAUGAGCACGCCCUCCGAGCCUGGCAUCUGUCGCUUCACGGCCUCCCCGCCCAAGCCCCAGGAUGCUGACCGAGGCAAGAACGUGGCUGUGCCCAUCCCGCACCGGGCCAACAAGAGUGACUACUGUAACCUACCCCUGUAUGCCAAGUCUGAGGCCUUCUUCCGAAAGGCAGAUGGCCGUGAGCCCUGCCCUGUGGUCCCACCCCGAGAGGCUUCCAUCCGGAACAUGGCUCGAACCUACCACACCCAGGCUCGCCACCUGACCUUGGACCCUGCCAGCAAGCCCUUGGGCCUCCCGCACCCAGGGGCCCCUGCUGCAGCCUCCACAGCCACUUUACCUCAGAGGACUCUGGCCAUGCCAGCACCCGCAGCCGGCACGGCCCCACCAGCUCCCGGCCCCACCCCUGCCGAGCCCCCGGCUGCCCCCAGUGCUGCCCCUCCAGCCCCCAGCACCGAGCCUCCGCGGGCCGGGGGCCCACACACCAAAAUGGGGGGCUCAAGGGACUCACUUCUCGAGAUGAGCACAUCGGGGGUGGGGAGGUCUCAGAAGCAGGGGGCAGGGGCCUACUCCAAAUCCUAUACCCUGGUGUAGGGGCACAGCAAGAAAAGCGGCCCUACGCUGGGACCUGUCUGCACCUCGGGCCCUCACACACCAACUUGGCUGUUUUCCUGCAUUAUUUAUAUUAAACUGACAAAAACCAACCAACAACGAAAAGAAAAGCCCCCAAGUCAUGAACGCUUGUACAUAGAACUCUUUUGUACAAAUGAAACUAUUUUCUUCUCCAUGAAGCCAGGGCACAAAGAAUUUGACAGUACAAAUCAACACACCCCUCCCCACCCCACAAAAUUCGCGUGGAGAGAGAUAUAUACAUAUAUAGGAGAUAGGAGCACAUGGACAAGCUAUGUAUCUAUAUAUUUCUCUCACCUUAUUUUGAGACAGAGGCACAAAGACUCAGCAAUUUUUCCCUCCUACUCUCUCACCCUCCCCUCAAUCUAGGUGGUUUUGACAGAGACCAAAAUCCCGACUCAGAGACACUGCAUGCGAUUUCACUGUUCCAAGAAAACCAGGAGUUGCUUCAAUUUGCAGAUGCUUAUGUGUUAAUACCUUUUUCUAUGAAAAAAAACCCAGCGCCGUGUGCAAUAAAGGUUAUGUUUCUA